AUGACUGGGAAGAAGAUCAAGAGAAAGCUGAACGGAGACGCAAAAAAGCCGAAUGCGAAGAGGAAGAGUGCCCUGUUCCCCAUCGAAAUCAAUCCGCAAUAUCUGAGCCAGGAAUAUGAAAAGACGUUUUUGAAAGGAUUCGGCAAUAAUGGUUUUAAAAAACAGCAUGUGCAAUAAAAAUUAACCGUAAUUUGUAGGAAAAGCUCAUCCAUUUCCCCAUUGGCAACUUCGAAACUUCGUGGACAAUAGCGAGAAUGUAGUGGAGAAGAUUGAAGAAGAACUGCAGAAUUUCGAGAGCUGGACUCGAAAAGAGAACGAUUUGUACUCGCUGCACCAGACGGACGAUCUGAAGUCGCUGAAUGAGGCCGAUAAUCCGGCGAUCUGCUCGUUCCGCACUUUUCUGAACACAAAAGUGAAGGAGUGGCUUCAGAAGACGUCGCACGUCGAACUGAUCGAACAGGUCGACUGCAACGGGAGUCUGUACGCUGAGAAUGACACGCUUCUUCCGCAUAAUGAUUUGGUUAGAAGACAGUGAUUAUGAUUAUGAUUUUUCAAAUUUUAAUUUCAGAUUGACACUCGUCGCUUUGCUUUCGUCUACUAUCUGACAGAAGCCAAUUGGGAUUCGAAGACGAACGGAGGAGAUUUGCUUCUGUUCAAUCAUAAUGGUUUGUCAGAACAAAAAAAACUGUCUCAUCUUUUUUUUUCAGAAAAUCUGCUUCCAGUCAGUGUCGCCGCCCGAUUCGCCCCUCUCCGCAACUCUCUGAUGCUCUUCGAAGUGUCCGAAACGUCGUGGCACCGGGUCGCGGAGAUGAUCUCCGACGAGCCGCGUCUCUCAAUCAACGGAUGGUUUCAUUCGACGCGUCGGAUCGAAGUGGAGCAGCCGGAGGUGGAGAUCCUGCCCCGAUUCGUUCCGACGUUCCGUAAACGUCUCGGCAAACUGAUCAGUGCAGAGUACCUCAAGCAAAAAAGACAGACCGAAGUGUCGCAGAUCUUCAGCGACACUUCUGAACUCAGUCUGAAGAACUUUCUGGUCGAUGAAGUACAUCAGAAUGUGUACGAAGAGCUGUCUGCCAAUCCGGACGUGUUCAACCUAAUCGGACCGCUCAACAAAAGAAUGAUCUCUCGGCUCGACAAGAACAAAGCGAGCAGUUUGGAGGUGACGAACGCGGUGCGAAAGUGUCUCAAAUCCAAGUCGUUCGCCGAUUUCGUGUUCAAAUUGACGGAGGUAAACGUGGCCGACGCGCAAGCGAGCGUGACCGUCAGCCGCGUGGAGCACGGAUCCUAUUGGGUGCUCGGGGACGAGGACGCCGAGCAGACAUUCCACGACGGAUACUCCCUCGACUUUCACAUUUUCGUGCAGAAAGAAGCGUGGCCAGAGAAAGCCGGAGGAGAUGUGAUCUACAUUGCGGAGGGCGACGCGGAAGAGGUAGAAAGAAAGCUCCAGGAUUGGUUAAAUACCUAACUUUGCAGUUGCUCUGCGUCACGGCUUCACCCAACAUGGCGUCCGUUGUUUUCUGCGAACAGAACGUGCUCUCGUUCCUCAAGUACGCCAACGCAAAGGCCGCCGACCCGUUCUUCCUGUUCACCGUUUCCUAUUACAACGUUAAAGUUGUCGACUAA